GUAUCGGAUUAUAAAAGAAGUGUGAGCUUGAACAAGUUGACAAGCAAAGCAAGAGAAUGAAGAGAAGAGGUCUAUUGUCGAGACCCGACGUGAAGCCUAAGGCACCAACGACGCCAUCUUGCGGCGUCCUAAAAUGGAUUGGUUCCAGUCUCAUCAUGCAAGCCUGGACAGGAAUUUCUUUGUCAGGCUUUACUGCUCGCCUUAUUCCAGGUGAGGUUUCACUAAUACUCGCCAAUACCCAGUGGCAAGAUAAACGCUUGACUUUUGGCCAGCUGAGACGAGCCUCCAUCCAGGUUGCGUCUCUGCUCCACGAUGCCGGUUUGGGACCACGUUCCCGAAUCCCAAUUCUGACCAAAAUGUCACUGGAAAUGCUUCCCGCAGUUGUAGGUGUUCUGAGGCUUGGAGCUUGCUACGCGCCCAUGGAUGUGGCUUCUUGGAGUCGGGACAGAUUUGACGCUGCCCUCGAAGCGACUGGUGCAAAGACAGUGCUUGCAACCACUGCUAUCGAUUUGCUGGGAUACAAUGUUGUCAUCAUCGGGAGUGACAUUCUGGACUCGCCAGAGGCGUCCCCGUCUUUAAAGGAAUACCCAUAUCUCAUCAGCGUGCGGCAAGAGCUUAAGCCCACGGACUUGGUGUAUAUAAUAUUUACAUCGGGAACGACCGGAAAACCAAAAGGUGUCAUGAUCCCCCAUUCAUGUGUCGUAAAUCUCAUCAUACAAGACUACGAUGGCAUUUUGGUGAUCAAACCAGGCAAAAAAGUGUUGCUCUUAUUUUCGAUCGCUUUUGAUGGCUGCGCAGGAAUUAUUUUCAAUUCAAUGUGCAACGGCGGCACAAUUAUAAUGGCCACUUCGGAUGACUAUACGGAAAAGGCCACAAAAUGUGAAGCCAUCAUCAUAACCCCGACGAUCCUUGCCAAAAUGAACUCUCCCGCUCAAUAUCCUAACCUGAGAGAGAUAUGGAUGGGAGCUGAACCGCCCAGCGCAAAUCUCAUCAAGCUCUGGUCAAGCCCAACUUGCAAAGUUUACAACUGCUAUGGCCCGACUGAAUGCACAACGGCAAUCUCGAGCGUUGAAAUGCGCCCUGAUACUCCCAUAUUCCUUGGCGGCAUAAUUCCAGGAAUUGAGAUCGUCCUACUGAAUGAGAAUUUAGAGGAGGUUGAGGCUGGGAAGAUUUGUAUUCGCGGUCCUUGUCUCGCAACCGGGUACCUCAACAAUGACGAGCUUACCCGGCAAAGGUUCAUCACGUGGAAGGGGCAGCGACACUAUCGUUCUGGUGACCUUGCAAAGCGCAUACCGGAGGGAUUUGCGUUUAUUGGCAGAAUUGAUCUCCAAGUCAAAAAUCGGGGAUUCUUAAUCAAUCUCGAGACAGAAGUCGUGCCAGCACUGCUGAACUUCCCCGGUGUCCGCUCCGCUGCUGCAAUUAUGCAUGAUUCGCGAUUGAUUGGGUUCGUUACCCCAUCAAAGAUAUCCCUGCAAUCAUUGCGGAAGGAACUUGCAAAGAAAUGCGACCGGUUUAUUGUGCCAGAUGUAGUUAUUCCUCUGGAAAGACUACCUGUCACGUCGAAUCAGAAGAUUGACACUGCUGCUCUUAGAGCGAUCAUAACAGAGGAGACAGCGACACACAAGGGGUUGACCGAUCACUCCUCGCCAUCGGAAUUAGUGAAGUACGGACUUUCAAAAGCCCUUGGGACGCCCAUUUUACAAAUCAAUGAAGAUUCAUCCUUCUGGGAGCUAGGAGGGAAUUCUCUCUCGGCGGUGCGGCUUGCAUCUUUUCUAAGGGUUCAUGGGUUGAGCAUCUCAGUCGGAGAUAUGUUUGUGCUGGAUAAAGCCUCCAGUAUCUUGCAGAAAGUGGUCUUCACGGAAGCACACCAGCAAUCGAUUGAAUCCGCCAUGACUAGGAACGAGAGGGAUGCAGGAACUGCGGACAAGCUACCAAUGGCUGAUAUUCAAGACCAGCUCAUCAGCGAGACCCUUCGAAGCCCCGCUUAGAACAACUUGGUCUUUUCCAUCACUGUUCAGAAAGCAAGUGGGAAGCUAAGUAGCUCCGUAUUGCGCAAGGCUUGGGGGAAUCUGUUUGAAAGACAUUCAAUAUUACGAACAACGUUUGAUUUAGAUACAAAAACUCAGAUCGUCCAGCCAGAACCAAACUUGCAGUGGACGGAAAUUCAAGUAUCCGACUCAAAGUUUGAUUCCACCAGUGAGACGAUACAAAAGGCCCUGUGGAAUGAAAUAUACAAACCGAUUGAAGUCCCUUGGAAACCCUUCAACUACCUGAAAGUUAUCGAGGCUCCUGAGAAAUCAAUCAGGAUAUUCUGGGUAUUGCACCAUAGUCUAUUUGAUGGCUGGUCGAUAGGAAUUCUGCUAAAUGAGCUUGAAGCGUUUCUUAAUGAUCGUGAAUUACCAGCCCCACCACAGUUUUCCGACGCUGUUCAUUUCCAAGAACACGUCAAAGCCCAAAGCAGAUCUGAGAGUGACCAUUUUUGGGAGAAGUCAUUGGCAUCAGUUCAUGAUCUACGGCCUAUCAAUCUACCCAAGCCGGCCAAUGUUCCGUCGCGCGAAACUCGCCAGGACUGGUUAAGCAAGAGCUCGGUAAUUGGAGUAUCACAAUCGGAGCUCGACAACUUCGCAUACGGUCAACGCAUCUCCACAUCUUCCCUGUUUCAUGCCGCCUGGUCCUUGAUUUUGUCGAAAUACACCAACUCGAAGACCAUCGGCUACAACAGCAGUUUCUCGGGAAGAAGUCUUGCUUUUCCGUCAAUUGAAUCUAUUGUCGGGCCGCUGAAUCAAAGAUGUCCAACCCUCACCACAAUUGAAGAGACAGCGGCCUUGGAACAAUACUUAGCAGGUAUUCACCGCGAGGUUUACGAAGUGAGAGACUUUCAAUGGUCAUCAGACGGCAUCUUAGAGAAGACAUUAGCCCAUAAAGCCUAUGAAUCGCUCCUCGUCAGUUCGAUUACAAUUUUCUUGGACAUGUCGCCCGACUUCGGCCGCUGGAAAGUACAAGAUGAGCAGAAGCCAGUCAAGCCUCUGGAGCUGCGCAUUGAGCAGGACGGCGAGACUAUCAAUGCGCACUUACGGUACGACUUUGCCCUGUUCGACGGAGAGGCAGUGCGUCACAUGUUAGCCGACUUAGUGACAAUUUUGACAACGAUCCUUGGCUUGCCGACGCAUGCAUUAGUAUCCUCGGUAAUAGACUCAAUAGGGCAUCACAAAUGAACAUCA